GGCUCGCGGCCGGAAGUUGGGCACCGGAAGUGACAGUUGCCAUGGAGUCCGCGGAGGACUGGCUGGUGGAAUCCUUGCGCUUGUACCAGGAUUUCCAUGCAUUUGACCUCUCAGCAGCCACCCGAGGCCUUGAAUGGAUUGGUGACAAAGGAGUCUUUGUUGCUGGGUAUGAAAGCCUGAAAAAAAACGAAAUUCUUCAUCUAAUACUACCUCCUAGACUUUCUGUAAAGGAAAAUCAGGGCUUAUUCCCAGAAAGAGAUUUCAAAGUGUGCCAUGGAGGAUUCUCGGACAGAGCUGUCCUGGAGCUAAAGCACGUGCCAGACACCAGGUUGCUGGUAACCAGUGGCCUUCCAGGUUGUUACCUGCGGGUGUGGCGGGUCGCUGAGGACAGUGAUGUCAUUAAAGCCAUCAGCACCAUCGCUGUGCAGGACGAAGCGGGGGGUCUCUGGCCUAGGCUGGCUGUCUUCUCCUCAGCACCCAGAGUCCUUCACGGGGCGCGACUCAGCAGUCUGCAGGUGUUGGAUCCGGAGUCCGGGGAGACCACGUACAGCUCAGGCAUCAGUGACAGUGAGGAGCUGAGCAGCCUGCAGGUCCUUGAUGGUGACACUUUCGCAUUCUGCUGCGCCUCAGGCCGCCUGGGGCUGGUCGAUACCCGCCAGCCAUGGGCACCUUUGGAGAGCCCGGGCCAAAGCCCUGGCUCCGGCGGCCAGAGAUGGUGUGCGGAAGUGAGGGCCGGGGGCUCGGGCCCUGGGCCGUGCUUCUCCAGCCUGGGAGCAGAUGGGCAGCUCCGCCUCCUUGAUGCACGAGAUCUCUGCCAUCCCAUGAGCUCCGUCCAGUGUGCAGUGUCCAUGCCAAGCCCCAGCCCGGAGCUGCUACGAGUGACGUGGGCCCCAGGCCUGGACAACUGCCUGGCCAUCUCAGGCUUUGAUGGGACGGUCCAGGUCUAUGAUGUCACAUCUUGGGAAGGAGUCGGGAGCCAAGUGGAGCCGCUGUUCACCCACAGAGGUCACAUCUUCCUCGAGGAAGGCGAGGGGCACGCUGCUGCGCUGGUCACCACCCACACCUGGCACCCCUCCAAACCCAGGACUUUGUUAUCGGCAGCCAGCGACGCCUCUGUGCACGUGUGGGACUGGGUGGACCCUCGUGCCGCCUGCUGACACCAGGCCUGGGGUGGGAUUGAAGGGCUGCAGGCGCCGGUCCCUGCUGCCAGCUGUGUGGCCUCGAGCGAGUCAGCCGACCUCUCUCAGCCUGUUUUCCUCUCCGUACAGUGACAGUGUUGAUGGAGCUGGUCGUGAUGGCACGCACCUGUAAUCACAGCACUCAGGAAGCUGAGGCAGGAGGCCAUGAGUUCAAGGCCAGCCUGAAAUGCAUA